CUUGUAAAGGUGGAACUCAAAUUCAGUGAGCUGAAGAAGGAUCCUUUUGUUGCACAAUAUAUGCCCCCGGUAACAGGCUCUAUUUACUGGUGCCGGCUAAUUCUGAACACUGUGAAAGCCAGCAUUUUACGCUUCACCAACGCUCAGCCAGACAUUCUUGAGGAAGAGGAGGGGAAGCUAGUAAAGACUCGUUACGUUGCUCUCGCGCACGCGUUGCGUAACUACGAACGUUCACGUCACAACAUAUGGAUGAAUGAGGCCCAGAUAGCCACUACUCUUCGUUUGAGCCAGUCCAUCCUUCUCAAGUGUCAUCUGCAAAUACCAUUUAACCAGUAUUUUCGAACCAUUUCUGGUAUGAAUGUCCUAUCUCAGCUAUAUUAUCUCCUGGUUUUAGAACGCCAACCAGUUACAUUUAUUGAUGCUUCACCCUUAUCCACAAGAGUAGAGCCGGAAGUAGAAUUAAAGUACAACUAA